CGUAUUUUUUCCCACUCCCUCUCUCUCCUCUCUCUCUCUCUGAAAGCUUCGGGGCCGCGUCAAUGGCGUCUCGCUCUCUCACUUUACCUCUGUUCUUCCUCCUCUUCAUACUCUUCUCAAGUUCCAUCUCCUCCUCCUCCGCCGCCCUGGUCCAGCAACAACCCCUCGUCCUCAAGUACCACCACGGAACUCUCCUCAAGGGCAACAUCACCGUCGACCUCGUCUGGUACGGUCGCUUCACCCCCACCCAGCGCUCCGUCAUCGUCGACUUCAUCCGCUCCCUCGGCUACCCCCGCUCCCCUCCCCCCUCCGCCGCCUCCUGGUGGCGCACCACCGAGAAGUACAAGAGCGGCAGCUCCAACCUCGUCGUCGGACGGCAGGCCGUCCACGAGGCGUACACCCUCGGUAAGUCCCUCAAGAACCGCCACCUCCGCGCCCUCGCCGGCAAGUUCAACGCCGCGCCGGGCACCAUCACCGUCGUCCUCACGGCGGCGGACGUCGCCGUGGAGGGGUUCUGCUCGCGGUGCGGGACGCACGGGGCGGCCCGGCCCGGGUCGGCGUUCGUGUGGGUCGGGAACUCGGAGACGCAGUGCCCGGGGCAGUGCGCGUGGCCGUUCCACCAGCCCAUGUACGGCCCGCAGACGCCGCCGCUGGUGGCGCCGAGCGGCGACGUCGGGGUCGACGGCAUGGUGAUCAACCUGGCGACGCUCCUCGCCGGCGCCGUCACGAACCCGUUCGGGGGCGGUUUCUUCCAGGGCCCGGCGGACGCGCCCCUGGAGGCGGUGUCGGCGUGCACGGGGAUAUACGGGUCGGGCGCGUACCCGGGCUACCCGGGGCAGCUCCUGGUGGACAAGGCGACCGGCGCGAGCUACAACGCCCACGGGCUCGGCGGCCGGAAGUUCCUGCUGCCGGCGAUGUGGGACCCGACGACGUACGCAUGCAAGACCCUCGUGUGAUCGCGCCACGUGGACGACGGAGAUCAUCAUCCAUGUACUACGGUCUCUAGAUAUUGUGAGGGCGGUUCGUUGCACUGUUGUAUAAAGACUCUGUCAGGACUCGGUUCGCGGUUCGAACGGGUCGAACCGGGAUGGGUUCGAUUCGGACUGGGUUUCGGCCGGGAAUUAGCGGACGGUCGGUGUUGUGUUGUCGCGAGGUUCGAGGGCUGUGGGAUAAGGAUGAGCUUCUCUCUUAUCUUUUCUUUGGGGUUUCUUUUUUUUUUUUUUUAAUUUUCACUUUGGCGUCUUGCGCCAGGCAUGCCAGGCAUGUACAUUGGAUUUCCGAAAAGGGGAAAGAAAAAAUAUGUAAAUAUAUAUAAAAUGAAGGGAAUGAUGAAAAUGCGUUGAAAAUAAAGUAAGUUCUCGGUCUUUUUGUGGGCCCCA